UCCAUCUAGGCGUUUCAGACAGCAAAACAAAAUCCCCCCCUCACACAUUUUCUCCUGCGGGAUAGUUCCACCGUGACGCAAGAAUGCCCUUCCUUUGCACAUCGAAUGCCCAUGUGAAGAUAUUCGUCCUGAGCUGCAACAAAUUAAAGAUGAGUGGGAGCUCCCUCGAGUGAGAGAAGAGCAGCAGCCACUAAAGAAGAGACAAUGCAUCACCACAUCAAAGAGAAAGGGGAAAUGCCUCCAAAUCUUAAAAAGGCGCCAGCACAUUCGCACAAAAUAAAGGAAGAGCAACCAGAGCCCCUUUUCAAUAAAGAGGAAGAGCCUCCCCACAUCACGGAAGAGGAGGAAGUGCUUCAGGACUUUAAAGGGGAAGAGGAGGACGAGGACAUCACAUCAACUCAGGUUCCUUUAAAGAGUGACAAUGAAGAUGAAAGUGUGGAGAACAGAAUGUUGGCGCCUCCAGGCAGGAGAGCAAGUCAACACAUGGCAACAGAAGGGGAUGGAAACCACUGUAGAGAAUCACAGACAGACAGCAUCUUAGCUCCAUUAUCAGACAGUGACGGCACAACGUCACACUCUCCUCAUACGUAUGAUGAUGAUGAAGACCAGUCUGAAUGUGAUAAAAUAGCUCACAUUGAGAACAAACCCUGGAAAUGUUCUCAAUGUGGGAAAAUGUUUGCUUAUAAGUGGGAUUUGAAACGACACAUGAGAACACACACAGGGGAGAAACCUUUUGCUUGCUCAGUUUGUGGUAAAAGAUUCUCUCAAACAACUCAUUUGGCAACACACACAAGAACACACACUGGAGAGAAGCCCUUUGCCUGCGUGGUUUGUGGUAAAAGAUUUUCACAAGCAACCCAUUUGACAACACAUGUAAAAACGCACACCGGUGAAAAAGGUUUUUCCUGCUCAAUUUGUGGUCAAAGAUUUAACCGAAGAGCCAAUUUGACAACACACACAAGAACGCAUAACCUCUUCGAUAAGGAUGACAGAAUGUCACCCUCUCGUAACACUGACGGUGAUGAUGAACAGUCUGAAUAUGAACUGAUGUGUCACACUGACAACAAACUGUGGGAAUGUUCUGAGUGUGGGAAAACCUUUGCUUCCAAAAGUGGUUUGACAAAACACACAAGAACACACACUGGGGAGAAACCUUAUGUCUGCUUAGUUUGUGGUAAAAGAUUCUCUCAAGCAACUCAUUUGGUAACACACACGAGAACACACACUGGAGAGAAACCUUUUGCUUGCUCAAUUUGUGGCAAAAGAUACUAUCAAGGAAGUCAUUUGACAACACACAAAAGAACACACACUGGAGAGAAGCCUUUUGUUUGCUCAGUUUGUGGUUUAAGAUUCUCUGAAAAGGGAAACCUAAGACUACACGCAUUAACACACUCUGGUGAAAAAUCAUUUUCCUGUUCAGUUUGUGGUCAAACUUUUUCAAGAAAUGAGAGCUUAAAAACACAUACAAGAACCCACACUGGUGAAAAACCAUUUGCCUGCUCAGAUUGUGGUAAAACAUUCUCCCGAAAGGGAAUUUUGAGAUUACACAUGAGAACCCACACUGGAGAGAAACCUUUUGCUUGCUCAGUUUGUGGUCAAAGAUUCACUCAGAAGGGUUAUUUAAAAAUACACAAAAGAAUACACACUGGUGAGCGGCCUUUUGACUGUACAAUUUGUGGUCAAAGAUUCUCUCAGAAGGGUCAAGUUAAAAGACAUAAAUGUGCUGGCGUGAGUAACGCUGAUCAAUGAAGCUAGUUGCCAUGACGAUGUUUUGGUACAAUCUAUAGGUUCUUCUAUUUUGUGUGCCUUCUUGGAUACUAUCCGAUUGUACCGUAUGAAACAGACACGAAGGAUACCAUUAUGCAUGAAGAUUGACUGUACUGAAUGGUUUCUUUUUUGUCAGUAGAAAAAAACAUGUUUUCCAUAUCAGACAUUUGUGUGGAAAUGUACAUUAUGUUAAUGGAGAUUUAAAAAAUAAACCUACAGUUUGCACUGG